UUAUCAAUCUUCAUUGCAGCGCGUGCCAACUCCAAUGGUACUUCUUACCUGUGCAAUUCAAACGACAACGUUUCCUUGCCGCAAAGCCAAAGAUCACGCCUUACUUGCUUUGUACUUGCAGACCGACUUCCUCCAUAUUAGCUUUCGACCUCGCACAUGCAGUUUUCUUCUUCACUGCUCGUCUCUCGCUCUCUGUACAUUCCCGGACGUUGAUUUUGUAGAAAACAAAGCCAGCACGUUUGUACUAAUCGGUUUUUUCUGGACGCUUCACCAGUUUCCUUCAUGUGUUGGAAUGGGUUUGGUGGACAACACACUGCAAACAGAGUCGACAAGGGUGGUGUCAUUGAGCAAUUGUAGUUAUUCUGCGGGGAAAUCAGGAAGAAUGCUAAUGGAAAAUGGUCAUUGUGAUUUGCCUACUGGUUUGCCCAAGUACAAGCGGCGGAGAAUUUCAGCUUUUAGGAAGUUUCCUACUGGGUGUGGACGAUUUGCCCUACGGAUCUCUUCAAGACCAAAUGAAGAAGCUGUUUGUGUUGGUAAAGUCGAGAAUUCUGUAGAUCGAGAGAAGAAUUGUGAUGCAUUUGGGGAUGUCACUGUGCUUGGUUCUCAAUGUUCCAGUGUGUUGGAAAGUUUGGAUCCUACAACAAUGCUUAGGCCAACAAAUGAUGAGGAAUCCAAGGCAGAAGCACCAUUGAUCUCAUCUGAUCAGGCGGAUGGGCUCAAUUCGGUAAAUGUAACACCUGCUAAACUGCCAUUACUUGGAGGUCCAGAUGAUUUGAAUUAUGCAGGGGAUAUUGAUCACUUAGUAAAACCUUCAGGAUAUGAAAUAGUUGGCCUGACAAAGGAUUUGACUAAGGCAGAUGCUAAUUAUCGAGUGGAUCAUAUGGACCCAAGAAAAUACCCUCCUCGGAGGAUAAUUUCAGCUGUCAGAGACUUCCCUCCACAUUGUGGAAGAAAUGCUCCUCGUUUUGUUAAGGAGAGUGCUAAUAUUCUUGCUAUUACUGAGAAUAAGUGUCUGGGUGAAGAGCAGUCUGUUAUUGAAGAAGAGCAAAUGAAACAGGGACUCAAGACUGAUGAACAAGUGGGAGACAGUGUUCCAAAUGGAGAUGCUCUCAAAUACAGGUUGGAGAGGAAUGUUCCUACUCUGACUGGGGUUCAUGUUCAAGCUGGAUUUGAAGGACCUGAUGCUGAAGAUAGUAGGAAGAAAGCUGAGUUUGGAGCUUGUUCUGAGAAUGAGAUGAACCUGACCCAACAGGAUAUACUAGAACAAGGUAUCAAAUCUCCUGGGAAAAGCAUUCAAAAUCAAUCUGACCUUAAUAUUGAGGCAGUUCCUGAAUCAGACAAGAGGUAUAUUGGAGGCCUGGAGGAUAAUAUGGGGAUGGAUUAUAUGGAGAAAAAAAAUAUGAAGAGAAAAAUUGUAGAAUACAUUGAAGGUUCAGAACUUAAAUUGUUUGAGGAUGUUGUGGUUGGUCUUAUGGCUUCUGUGAAUAAUCCUUGGAAGCAAGGAAAAAUGUCCCGUAAACCUACUAAACUAGCUGGUGGUACAGACGAAGACAAAGGGAAGAAAAAAGCUAUCAUAUUGCAAGAACAAUCCAAAGCUGCUGUUAGGACAAUGAAGAAUGAUGUGCAGGACUUUGGAGGAACAUGUAUGAAGAAGAAGAAGAAGAAGAACUCAUCUCUUAGCAGUAAUGCUUAUAAAGGCACAAUUCAGAUGGCUGAAUGGGAUACAGAAGAUAAUCUUGGGCAUGGUGGGGAAUCUGAUGAUUUUCAAUUGGUUAAGCGAUCUCAUAAUUUUGAUGUGACCCUUCCUCCUUCCUGUCCUAGCAGUUUGAGUGGUAUAGGUCAUGACAAUGAUGCACUUGUCACCAGAAAUAAAGUAAGGGAAACACUGCGGUUGUUCCAAGUUGUCUAUAGGAAGCUUGUCAAGAAAGAAGAGACAAAGUUGAAAAAUAUUAAGAGGCCUGAUUUAGUUGCAGCUACUGUCCUUAAACAGAAAGGAAAAUAUGUUAAUACAAAAGGGAAAAUUAUUGGAUCUGUUCCAGGUGUUGAAGUUGGUGACGAAUUUCAAUACAGGGUAGAGCUUAACAUUAUUGGCCUUCAUCGCCAGACUCAAGGAGGUAUAGAUUUUGUGAAGGAAGGUGGACGUCCCAUUUGUACAAGUAUUGUAGCAUCUGGGGGCUAUGAUGAUAAUAUGGAUGACUCAGAUGUCUUGACAUAUACAGGUUCAGGGGGGAUGAAGACUGGAGAAAGGGAACCUGAAGAUCAAAAGCUUGAACGAGGUAAUCUUGCUUUGAGAAAUAGUAUAGAGGCCAAGAAUCCUGUGAGGGUCAUUCGUGGUGAUACAAGAGUUUCUGAAUCAUCCAGUGCAAGAACUAAGACAUAUGUCUAUGAUGGCCUAUAUUUGGUGGAAAAAUAUUGGCAAGAAAUGGGACCACAUGGUAAACUGGUCUAUAAGUUUAGGUUGGUUCGAAUUCCGGGUCAACCAGAGCUUGCAUGGAAAGUUGUGAAGAAGUCCAAAAAAUAUAAAGUACGGGAGGGUGUCUGUGUAGAUGAUAUCUCGGAAGGGAGAGAGUUGAUUCCUAUUUGUGCUGUGAACACAAUAGAUGAUGAGAAGCCUCCGCCAUUUGAAUACAUAACGCGUGUGAUAUAUCCUGAUUGGUGCCGUCCUAUUCCUCCCGUGGGUUGUGUUUGUAUUAAUGGCUGCUCUGAAACUGGGAACUGUCCUUGUGUGGCAAAGAAUGGAGGUGAAAUUCCAUAUAACCAUAAUGGGGCUAUUGUUGAAGCAAAGCCUAUGGUUUAUGAGUGUGGUCCUUCUUGCAAGUGUCCUCCUUCUUGCUAUAAUAGAGUCAGCCAGCAUGGUAUCAAAUUUCAGCUUGAAAUCUUUAAAACUGAAUCCAGGGGAUGGGGAGUGAGAUCCUUAAAUUCAAUCCCUUCUGGAAGUUUUAUUUGUGAGUAUGUAGGAGAGCUUCUUGAAGAGAAGGAAGCUGAGCAAAGAACUGGUAAUGAUGAAUACUUAUUUGAUAUUGGAAAUAACAAUGACAAUUCUCUCUGGGAUGGACUUUCAAACCUCAUAUCUGAUACACAGUCAAGUUCUUGUGAAGUUGUUAAGGAAAGUUGUUUUACUAUCGAUGCAGCGAAGUAUGGCAACAUUGGGAGAUUCAUCAAUCAUAGUUGUUCCCCAAAUCUCUAUGCACAAAAUAUUCUCUAUGAUCAUGAGGACAAGAGAAUUCCUCACAUCAUGCUGUUUGCUGCUGAGAAUAUUCCUCCCUUGCAAGAGCUAACAUACCAUUACAAUUAUAUAAUUGGUCAGGUUCUCGAUUCUGAUGGCAAUGUAAGGAAGAAGAGCUGUUACUGUGGUUCUUCAGAGUGCACUGGGAGGAUGUAUUGAGGCUGUUUAGCGAAAGGUGUUGGAUUUGGAAGAAGCAAAAAUAACUUACUUUCUCAAAGAAUUGUCAUACUUGGAGACCAAACAUAUCACAGCACUAGUCACAGCUGUCAUGUGAUUGUGGUUUGAUGCGCUUCUCAGCAUGAUCUACCAGGUUUUGGUUUAGUUCUCCUUUCUUUUCCUUUUUUUUUUUUUUGAGAAGACUAUUUGCUGGUAGGUCCUAAAGUUACACCUCUAGUCCUUUCAAGAACUGUUUGUUGUUUGUAUUUGGGUUUUGUAUCUGCCCUGUAAUUCCAAUAUAAGUCUUAAAAAUUAAUACCAAAACAUAAGCCCUUGUCAUACCUAUCCAUUUGUUGGAACCUUCCAGCAUAAAUUGCACAAUUAUUCUUAUCAA